ACCGUGAUCUGCUCCAGCUGGGCCACCGUGAUGCUUUACGAUGACACCAACAAGCGAUGGCUGCCGGCAGGCACGGGCCCCCAGGCUUUCAGCCGCGUCCAGAUCUACCACAACCCCACGGCCAACUCCUUCCGGGUUGUCGGCUGGAAGAUGCAGCCAGACCAGCAGGUGGUCAUCAACUGUGCCAUCGUCCGGGGUAUCAAGUAUAACCAAGCCACCCCCAGCUUCCACCAGUGGCGCGACGCCCGCCAGGUCUGGGGCCUCAACUUCGGGAGCAAGGAGGACGCAGCACAGUUCGCCGCGGGCAUGGCCAGCGCCCUAGAGGCAUUGGAAGGUUCGAAACUGGGCAGAGGGGACCGCUGA